AUAAAAGGGAAAAAAGUGACACAAAGUAAAUCUCAUUUUACUGCAGCCGAAAAUUGGUUUUGUGGCUUUUUAGGACUUGUCUCCCAGGGAAAUUGACAGCAUAGCUAUUGUGUAAUAACUGUUUAGCUGUAUCUGUGUAGUGCAACUCCCUGAGGCUGGUAUUAUAUUCCUGAACAGGAACAUCAUCUUCCUAAAAGUAUAAUAUUCUAAAUAAUGACUAUACUUUGUAAGUACAUAAGAUAGAGGAAAUGGAAGCCACCUUGCUGCUGAAUAAGGAGUAUGUUCUCAUUGAGCACAGCUUUAAUAAACUUGUAUGCACCAACUUCAUAUUGAUUUGCUUGUCUUAAUUUUACUGAACGUCUCUUCAUAGGCAGGUUGUUGGAGAUAGAUAACCACUGCAGCAAAGGUAGAAUGAAUCCCUGAUGGCAUGUUGUCAUACAUACUCUGCGUAUAUACUCUAUGUUAUUAUUUGCAUCUAUAAAAAUACAAAUGUGUCUUGAUCUUAAUGUCUGCUAAUAUUUGUAUAUGUGAAUGUAUGCACAGGUCUUUGUUUCUUACUAGCUGACAUGCAAAAUGAGAGAAUGACUGAAAAGAGGGUUCUACGCUUGAAUGCACAAGGUCAUAUUUUACUUUGUAGUGAAAACUCCAAUCGUGAUACGCUUUUUAAGUGACAAACCAAGUUGCCCUUGGUUUUUGUUUCAUAGUUAAGUAUCUUCUUUCUUAUAAUAACAUGACUUUAAAGCUUGUCUGCAGAGGAAUAAAAGGAAAAAACAAAUAAGCAGUAGUGAUUCCGAGUUCAGGCUCCACAGAGCCUUGGUGUUGUCUCCAUGUUCUUGUCCCCACUGAGAUAUACAGGAGGACAUAAUGUGCAAACUUGGAUCUCUCUUUGUUUUCUUGUCUGGUAUGUUCUAGGGUAGACUCUAGUCUUAAUUGCUGCCAAGUGUCUCUUGGAAGAAGGCAAUAUGACUGCAAUGUCCUCUGGCUCCUCAGCGAAACCUUUUCCUCUGCAGCAUCUUUCACCUGGGCAUGCAUUUCUUCACUACCUCUUUCUUUCUGCCCUUGAUAUCUCAUACACUCUCUAGAAACUUGCCUAUUUCCACAGUUUCAGCUGAAGGCUUUGCAGGCAAGGGCUUCUUCAUACGUGAAAUAUUUUUGACUGACCAGAUCUGGCAGCAGUGGUUCUUUGCUGCAGUUGUUUCUGAAUGAAGGGAGCAGGUUUUUCAGAUUUGCAAUAGUGAAGUAGUCCUUCUUUAUGUCUGAGCAGAGACAAAGAAUAGAUAAUCCCAAUUUAUUUGGCAGUGACCUCCAUUCAGAAGAUACUAUGAAUAGUGAGAAGUCCUCUAUUUGAAAAUAGCCUAAGAAGUUGAGGUAGGUGAAAAUGAGUACCAAAAUUAUAGAAGAUAAAUAGCAUGCGAAGAAGGGGAUAAGAGGGUACGCUGUCUUCUCACAAGAGAAUUAAGAAGUUGCAAAAAUGAGAGAAGCCCAUUCUUUGGGGACAUAGGUCUUUGGCAGUUUAAAGAGAAAGUGGUAAGAACUUUUAUUGUGUCAUCUGCCCCUUGAGGCUUCAAGACCUCAGUUUGGUCAGUAUCAGUUUGGACUGAAACUCCUUCUAGCUCAGUAUUUCACCUCUAACCAAUGGCUGAAGCUUACACUGUCUUACAACUCCUGCGUAUCUUCCCUGCUCUUUUAGAGCUAGGUUUCAUGAACUGGCGAUGGCGUCUAUAUUGAGUGGCCCUUAGCAUUUUGUUUUUAUGUGAACUCGUCUGAAAAACAUUACUUCUACACUACACAUGGAUAGAUUUUGGUUCUCAAAUCCAAAUACCAACUUCAUCUUGCUUUCAAAAAUGUUGGAGAUACUUUCAUUACAGUUCUUACGCAGUUGGCAAAUAUGGGAACGCAGGAACGUUGACUAGGUUUCUGUCCUCUACAUUGUACAUCAGUGGGAUCACUCUGCUGGAAUAAGAUAAUGUCAUCUUCAAUCCAUUGAAGGAAAGGGAAUAUUUGUUCAUACUUAUGAUGAUUUGACAUAACUAAUGUUUUAUUAACCAUGAUGGCAACACAGACAUUAAGUAUAGACAACUAUCAAGAUGGACAACAGAUGCAAGUAGUAACAGAGUUAAAAACUGAACAAGAUCCCAACUGCUCUGAAACUGAUGCAGAAGGGGUGAGUCCUGCCCCUGUAGAAUCUCAAACUCCAAUGGAUGCAGACAAGCAGGCCAUUUACAGGCACCCACUAUUUCCCUUGUUAGCACUAUUAUUUGAAAAAUGUGAACAAUCUACACAAGGCUCAGAAGGUACAACUUCUGCUAGUUUUGAUGUAGAUAUUGAAAAUUUUGUAAGGAAGCAGGAGAAAGAAGGAAAACCCUUUUUCUGUGAAGAUCCAGAAACUGAUAAUUUGAUGGUAAAAGCAAUCCAAGUUCUACGUAUCCAUCUGCUUGAGCUAGAAAAGGUUAAUGAACUCUGUAAGGAUUUCUGUAGCCGUUACAUUGCCUGCCUGAAGACAAAAAUGAAUAGUGAAACUCUAUUAAGUGGAGAGCCUGGAAGUCCUUAUUCACCUGUGCAAUCUCAGCAAAUUCCAAGUGCCAUCGCAGGCACACUCAGUCCCCAAGGGAUUAUGGUGCCAGCAUCAGCAUUGCAGCAGGGAAAUGUAACUAUGGCAACAGUAGCAGGGGGGACAGUGUAUCAACCAGUCACAGUGGUCACUCCACAAGGUCAAGUGGUGACACAAGCACUGUCACCUGGGACUAUUCGGAUUCAGAACUCUCAGCUUCAGUUGCAAUUAAACCAAGAUCUAGGCAUCUUGCAUCAAGAUGAUGGCUCAUCGAAAAAUAAGAGAGGAGUUCUUCCCAAGCACGCUACAAAUGUGAUGAGAUCUUGGCUUUUUCAGCACAUAGGGCAUCCAUAUCCAACAGAGGAUGAGAAGAAACAGAUUGCAGCACAAACAAAUCUGACACUACUCCAGGUUAACAAUUGGUUUAUCAAUGCUAGAAGGCGAAUUCUUCAGCCAAUGCUGGAUUCCAGUUGUUCUGAAACUCCAAAAACAAAGAAGAAAACAGCUCAGAACCGACCGGUUCAAAGGUUCUGGCCUGACUCCAUUGCCUCAGGAGUUGCUCAGCAGCAAUCUAACGAGCUCACGAUGUCGGAUGGUGCUGUUGUAACAAUUACAGCUCCAGUCAACAUGAAUGUAGACAGUCUCCAGUCUUUGUCAUCCGAUGGUGCUACUUUGGCUGUUCAGCAAGUUAUGAUGGCAGGGCAAAGUGAGGAUGAGUCUGUAGACAGCGGUGAAGAUGAUGGAGGAGAUCUCUCAACAACAAAUAUCAGUGGGCUGGUCUUGGAUAACAGCGAUUCUCUGCAGUAGGAAGCAAGAGAGUGUGACAAAAUGUUUAGGAAAAAGAAUGGACUGACUGACUGUUUUUAUAGUUUGCACAGCAAACAUUUUACACAAGUUUUAUUUCUAAUAUGUUUUAUAUGUAGAUAUAGAAGGGUGCACUUUUUUGUAUUUCAUAGUAAGCUUAAAGAGUGUUUUUGCAGGUGCAGCAACUUCUUUCAAAUGUGUUUUUUCAUUUCUUAUUUCAGAAAAUUUUAUCUAGUAAUAUAAAGAACCACAUAAGCACCCCUUUGUUAUAUGAAUUGGAAGUGCUGCAAUUUCUAAAGAAUUACGCAGUUUCAAUUAGUGCUGUUAUUUAACACAGCUCUUGAUGGGCAGGUGAUGUAAAUUUAAAGCAUGUGACACUAGUGUGUGGAACUUGAUCGUUAAGUUAGAUGCAUAUAUUUGAAAGAUGCUUCUGCACCUUAAAAACUGCUAGUCUGAGGUGGACAGCAACACACAUAAAAAGAAAAUGUUGAUGUGUGAUUCAGUAGCGAAUGUAUGGCAAUUUAAAUAAGUUUAGUUUCUCUCAUAGUCUGUGAGCCUGUUUAUCAUUUGCUAUAAAAACUCCUAUUUUUACCUUGCUGGGGUUAUUGGAUAAAAAAUAUUUUUAUAAAUUCACUAGGAAUUGGGAUGACGACUGUAUUAAGCAGGAGGGGAAAAAAAAAAAAAGAAUUUCCAGAGGGGAAAAAAUAAAUAUUUAGUAUUCCUAUUUGGAAGGUCUGAAAACUGACCAAAUUUAAUAAACAAGCCUACGCUAGCAUUCUAUGAUUCUCAGCUAUCCCACAGUGAUAUAUUAUAUUUGAUAAUAGCAUAAGAACAGCCCACUGUUUGAUGGGAUUUUGAUAUUGUCAAACAUUGAUUUAUAUUAUGUGUAAACUAAUAUUCAAAUUGCAUUAACUCUGUGUCUAGACUUGUAUCUGAAGGUAUUUGCUAAAUGAGUAUUCAGGUAAGUAAACUCAAAUACCCACAACUUUUCCAGUUAUUAGAGAAAUUUAGCAGUUUAUAGUUUGUACAACUGAAUCUGAAAAAUGAAAAGUUGCCUACUAUAUGCUCAUGAAUUCUGCUAUCACUCUGCUAUUUUAUUGCAUUUUAAAUAUUUUCCCCUAAUACAAAAAGAAAUAUAACUUAUGGAUUUAUAUAAAAUUUCUUCAAAUCUGAAGGAUACUACCAGAAUAUACAGCAGGCUUUAUUAGAGUAGAAAUCCUUGUGUGUCAUUUAAAAACUAAGAAGUAGUGAUGAAAAUGCUUUUUUUUUUUUUUUUUUGGUUGGGUUUUUUUUCUUUUGUGGUAACAGUUCAUUUCUUUUUUUCCCAAAGUUUGGAGUCUGUGUUUGUCUAUCCAUGAAGACUUACUUUUGGAACUUUGUAUUUGCUGUUGUUAAGUACAAAUAACAGACUCCAAGAGUCUCACGGUAUGAUCAACGUCCUCUUUUCCCCCUGUCUGUUUGUCACAAUGCUGGGUUAGAUCAAGGCCAGAACUUCCUUCUGAUUUAGACCAAAUCUAGUUGCGUUUCUAACGUGACAAGGAAAAAAAUGUUAGCUUUUAGAAUCUUUAGAUAUUGUAUUUGAACAAAGCCCUUUGACAGAUGCAAAUAUUUAAUUGAAUACUUAAUUUCUACUUCACAAAACACUCAGGCAUGUGCUUAGGUCCCAUUGAUUUCAGCAGGAUUAAUGCAUGUACUUUUCGACAUGCUUAAAUGGUUGGAAGCUGGUCUUUAAAGAUUGUCUUUCAAGACAAGCAUAAGUUGGCAUGAAGAAAAACUUCAGAAAUAAAUGUCAGUAGCAUUGGCAUACAUACGUGGAGAAUAAUACUAGUUUUCAGUGACUAGUAGCUAUUUUGAAAAAUUGGCGUUGGGUUUUACUCAACACAAGUGAUGUUUCUGCUCUGGCUUUCACUUAUUUCUGGCUGAGGAUGUUGCUGCUUAGUUCAAGUGCUGUAAUGAUCUACUCCAGCUGGAGUGGUAAUUUCUAAAGAAUUUGUUUUCUUCUAACUUCUCUGCUUUGCCACUAAUGUGCCAUGUUUGUUAAAGAGCAUAGUAAAUGAAUAAUGAAAGAUUUAAUUAGGAAGGCUUUGACAUAGCACAGCUAUCUCAAAGGCUAUUGUCAAAUCUAGCUUGACCCCAAAACAUUUAAAGACAGGUGUCAUACAAAUCAUGCUUAUUUGGAAACAUGCAGCCUACUGCUCCUACAAAGGGUACCUGAGAUGACUAGAACUGAGAGACAGAUUCUGUAUUUUUCUUAACUCCGUAAGUGCUUCAUCACCCUCACGGUUUCCGUUAUAUAUGUUGGUUUGUUGGGGGUUUUUAUUCAGCUACCCUUGUUCACGUUUAAUAGUGCGUUAAUCCUUGUACUUCUAGCACGUAGGCAGAUGAAUAGUCUACUUCUCAGUGCGUACAGGCCUAUGCACAAAAAUGAGCUUUUCCAAAUCAACCUAUGCUGGAGGAACAGGCCAUUUCUCACUGUCUCCUUUCCCUCUCUGACCAGUUGUUGCUGCCUCAGAUCUACCAGCAGAGCUUUCCCCAGCUUGCUUUGAGGUGGUUUAGGAAGCACCUCAGCUGGCAGACUUGUUUGAGGUAGCAAGUAGCCAGCAGUGAAGGGAAGGGUAAACCAAAAUGGGCAAAACUUCUGUGGUUUGGAGAUAAUGUGACAAUGGGCACUUGCCCACACUUUGAAACUAUGAGAACUGAGAUCUUAAAAAGAGAGAGGGUAUUAAGACAAUUUAAUAUCAAUACAGCUAGCUGGAAGAGGGUUCAGGAAUAUGUAGUUUAUGUGCCACUUGGAACUCAGUAGGAAACAACAAGGCAUCAGGGUUUGUAAACUUCUGAAAGUUUAUUUUUCAGAAAGAAACUGUUAUCUGGUUAGGUUUUUUUAUUCGCCCCACCUUACCUGCAGCAGAAGUUUUAUUUUUCUGAAACAUUUGCAGCCUUGUCUUCAGCAAGUUUAUCAAUAUCUGGAAAGUGAAGUUGGCAGAAUUUACUGUGAAAGAGGGAAUAAGGAGUAGUUUUACUGUCAAAUUAGAAACAUAAAAACAUAGGAACGUGAAUUCCUAAAACUGAAAAGGCUUUACCAAGUUAAUCAAAGGUAUUGCCUAAUAUAUGGAACUCAAACCUUGUCUUUUAAUUCAGUGAGAAUUCUGUAGUGGUAUGAACUGCACAGAAAUUCUUGUUCUUUUCAUGAUUUAAAAAAAUAGUGUCAUCCUUUUUUGCUGUGUAAGAAAGAUUGCUGGUUUAAGCAAAGCAUCACUAUUGUCGUGGUCUAACCCCAGCCAGCAACUAAGUACCACACAGCCGCUUGCUCACUUGCACCACAUCAGAAUUGGAAGAGUAAAAGUGAGAAAACUUGUGAGCUGAGAUAAACACAGUUUAAUAGGUAAAGCAAAAGCUACGCACACAAGCAAAGCAAAACAAGGAAUUCAUUCACCACUUCCCAUGGGCAGGCAGGUGUUCAGCCAUCUCCAGGAAAGCAGGGCUCCAUCAUGUGUAACAGUUACUUGGAAAGACAAACGCCAUCACUCCGAAUGUCCCCCCCUUCCUUCUUCUUCCCUCAGCUUUAUAUGCUGAGCAUGACAUCAUAUGGUCUGGAAUAUCCCUUGGGUCAGUUGGGGUCAGCUGUCCCAGCUGCGUCCCCUCCCAACUUUUUGGGCACCCCCAGCCUCCUCACUGGUGGGGUGAGGAGCAGAAAAGGCCUUGACGCUGUGUAAGCAUUGCUCAGCAAUAACUAAAACAUCCCUGAAUUAUCGACACUGUUUUCAGCACAAAUCUAAAACAUAGCCCCAUACCAGCUGCUAUGAAGAAAAUUAACUCUAUCCCAGCCAAAACCAGCACAACUAUUCAGGAAAGGUACAUGUUUACAUUAGUUAAAAAGUCUUUAUAGGGGACCUAACUUUAAACCCAUGUAUAAUCCCCCCCUGCCCCCAGUUGAAGUCAUAUUCAUAUGCAAUAGAACUAAUUUGUUUUUAAAAUCAAUGUAAUUCUUCUGCAAUUAUGAUUAUUGAAACUUUUAAUUUGUUUUCUAUGUAAUCUAGAUCAUUAACCCACAACAGGGUUCUCAGUCCAAUUUUUCCAAGAUUUCUGUAACAGGCAAGGCAAUUGCUGGUUGUUCUUUAACUUUAGAAACAUUGUGUUUUAGUAAAUCAAUUCCAAAUUGAUCAGGAUAUAUUUUGAAAUUACUGUUCCAAAGAAAUAAUCAUGUUGGAAAACAUUUAGAAUCAACAGACAUAGCUCUGGCUCUGCAGAGAGUUUCCUAGAUCUGGAUAUUGGAUUAAAGUGGAGUCUUGCUGACCUCAUGGAAACUCUGUAAGGGUGCAUGUUGGGCUGCAUUUACCUGCAAGAGAAUUGGUUCCUUGUUCUGGUCCCUGAUCACUAUUAGGAACCUUUUGGAGAACCCUCCAACUUUGUCUUGCCUGCAUACCUAGGUUUUAUUCCAGUGGAAACCAGGGUAUGGACAGAGGGCUUAGAAGGGCAGGAAUUUGCAUUGACCUGGUGUGCACCACAUAUCGUUUUGAUGUUCAAAAUGUGGCCAGAAGGCAGACCUGUGCUGAGGAGUUAGAGUUCCCAGUUCCUGUGCUUUAAAAGUAGCUUCGGGUUUAUGGAUAUUCUGGUGGAGUAAGGCCACAAAGACUUAAUGCAUGAAUAAUGUAUCUAUUUGUUUCUCUAAUCACGUGGAAAAAGAAUUGGAAGGCAGUUCAGCUUCCUGACGUUAUGAACUUGACAGCCCAAAGGGUGAAAUAAAGUCUUUCCAAUGGAUGAUAGUUUCAUAAAACCGUUAGACUUGUAGCACUUAAACAAAAACCCAAACCACCCUGGUUAUUUUGAAAAACUGGAACACAUGCAUUUAAUUGUAAUUGAAGUUGAUAUAAGAUUUAUUUUCUGAAGCUGAGUUGUCUUGGGAGGAAAAAAAAUUGAAUAUUUGUCUAUGCAAGACAUAAAUGUCAAAAAUGUGUGAAUUACCCAUUUUCAGGUGCUGUACUGUUAUUGUCUUUCUGACUUCUGUUACUUUGAUUAGUCUUCUAAACCUUUCAGCCUUAUAUUCAGCUUACUUUUUAGAGUUGAAUAGGCAAAAUGUAGUUUUGAAAUCCUGUUGGAAAUGUAACUAACCUUCAUUCCCUCAUGAAAAUCUCGCAUGUUAAACAAUUAAGUGAAAUGUUUUGGUUUCCUAAUAAUAAAUUCAAACUCUCACCAUCUCCUAAAAACAGAGCAUAUCCGUGAAAAUGCACGUUUAAUUGUAGUGUGCAAAUGAUCAAAUGAUCAGCCUCAUGCUGAAUACACUUUGGUCUUUACUGUUCAGUGUAGCUGAAGAGUAAAGCUGGUUUGUUUUGCCAAACUCAAACUCAGUGUGGAUUCCUUCCCCACCCCCAGCACUGCCCUUGGCUUGCUAAGCUCCUUCAAAUAGGUUUGGGGUUGUUUAAUUUUUAAGUCCUAAAGUAACUUGAUCAUCCGGUGUAAAACGUAGUAAAAUUGGCACUAAUGUGCUUUUAAGUGAUUGCCCAAAUCAUGUUAUUUGUUCAUUCUUGUCACCUGGAAAUAUAAAAUCUGUUCCUUUUCUGUGACUUAGUUCUUUAGGACCUGCUGAGUGAUCACAGCUGGUUUUGCCAGAGAAAAGCAAGGUGUGAGAAAGCAGUGAAAUGCCUUACCAACCUUGUAGACUACUAUAAAGAUAUUUGCUUCAUGUUAAUAGAAUCCAGUGGGUUUGGGUCGUGACAGAAGUGGCCCGUAAAUCUUUCCGUGGGUUAGCAACAUUUGGUCUAUACAAUCGACAAUCUUUAAAAUGUGAACCCUGUAACUUUUUUUUUUCCUUGGUUGUUAAGGGAUUUUGAAGCAACUGAUCUAUCAAAGGAAAAAAUUAAAAAUGAAAAUAUGCUUCAUGGAUGAUUUAUUUUUACACUACUGUUUCUCUGUGAACAGAAAAAGCACAUUUUUAAAGCAAAGCUUUUGUGUUACUUUAACAUUAACAGUAUUGUUUGGCUGAAAGACAAAUAUGUUUUCAAGAAGUCUUGAGCAUAGUUUCAAACUAGUUAACCAGUUCUUGGCCAGGGACAAUCCUUGGCCUUUUUAUUUGUUUGAGUUUUCUUGUUUAUGCAAAUGAAGAAAACUGUUUACUAGUUCUUAGCAGUAUGGGGAUUUUUAUUAUGCUUUUGUAUGCAGGAGCAGCUUUGAUGAAAGAAAGAAUUAGCAGGUAAAUAGUCCAUAAUGUGUGUGACUUUGGGGUUUUUUUUGUCAUUGUUUCAAAAUUGUUAAUUAAAAUGGCAUGGACAUCAAACUUUCA